CCUUAUAGUUUUUAUGCCUAUCACCAUGACGCACUUAAUCCGGAUUAUUGUAAUUGGUUAAUAAUUGAUCAAACUGUCCGAUCUUGGUUAUUUGCUACUUUGUCUCGUGAUGUGCUAAUCGAGGUGCGUGAUUUAAAAAAUGCUUCCGCUAUUUGGGAUCGUUUGGAAUCCCAUUUUAUGUCUGCUAGCCUUGCUCGGUCCAUGGAACUAAAACGCCAGUUGACUCAGUCUCGGAAGAGUCCUACUCAAUCCAUGGAUCACUAUCUCCGGGACAUCAAAAUAAUUGCUGAUAAUUUAGCUAUGAUUAAUGAUCCGGUUUCUCCCCGUGAACUGUUCAAGACAAUCUUACUUGGUUUGGGCUGAGACUAUGAGUCUCUUAUUACCUCAGUUGGUCUUUUUCCGGAGAGCUUCACAUUUCAGAAGCUGCGCACAUGUUUGAUUGAAAAGGAGCAAACUUUACAAUAUAUGCGGUCCAUGGAAGAACCUCUUCAGGCUCAGGCCUUCGCUGGACAGGCCCAGGCAGCGGGACAACCUCCUCAGGCAGCCGGUCAGCCAAACAGGGGGCGCGGACAGCGCGGCCGAGGUGGCCGCGGGCAGCGGGGCCGCGGAUAUGGUCCUCCUCAUCCUGGUCACGGUCAUGUACCAUCAUAUGGCUAUGCCGCACCGCCACCAGGCUUCUUUCCAGGGGGUGCGCCUCAUGCUGGCAUUCUUGGGGCUCCGGGAUCGGCAGGCUCUUCCUCAGUUGAAGGGAACUCUGUCCCCCCUCCUAUAGUCUGUCAAAUUUGCUAUGCUCCAGGUCACCCCGCCUCUACAUGUCUGUCCUGUUUUGUUCAGCCGGCUGCACCUGCCCUUGCUACUACAGCUCCUGAGACUUCUUACAUAGUGUGGUAUCCUGACUCAGGUGCCUCGGCGCACAUGACUCCUCAUGCAGGACAUAACAACGGGGGCGGUUCUUCUUCAAGCAUUCAGCGAUAAUGGAGUCUAUCCCGUUCGCCAGCCGGCACCUCUGAUCUACCUGUUGCUUUGUCUGCUGUUUCCCUUUCCAUUUGGCAUAAUAGAUUAGGACAUUGUGGAACUCAUGUUUUAGAUCAGCUCCGUCUAAAUAAUUUAAUUUCUGGC